ACAAUGGCGCAAACCCUCGAUUUGGUGCCGUGGCCUCAAGAUUCUUCCCCUGUCUACGCUUCCCCGGCAAUUCUAAUCCCAUUGGAGCCCAGAAAAACCAUGCUGUCCGGAGUGAAAAACUGCCUGUAUCACCCACUCCUGCCAACACUUCGGCGAAUGGAUAUGGACACCGUCGCCCACAGGCUCACAGAUGAACACUCUAGGACGGUAACUGCCUGUUCCAAAGAGGAUUUUCGCAAUGCAACGUUCACCCUGGCCGGAGUGCCCAACCAGCGCCUUCCAUCCCUGGGGAUGACGGAGUUGGGCAGAACGCUGACUGAGAAAUACAGAGCAGGAAAGAUGGCUCCUCUCAUGCCCAGCACGAAUCAGGAAGAGUGGCCCAGCUACACGCGGGCCAUGUCUGACUGGUCCCGCUUCGUCUCCACUGCUGGAGAAUUCAAAUUACCCAGUUCUAACAAAAAAGUUCUUGGAUUCAGCUGUUACGCUGUGAGAUACUUAAAACCCGAUGUCACCCAGACUUGGCGGUAUUGCCUCAACCAGAAUCCCAGCCUGGAUAUGUAUGGACCAAAACCCAUCCCCUACAGCACUGUGAAUACUUUCAGGAGUUUUGGAUCAGCACACAGCCGUUCCCACUACCUCCAGCCCUGGCGCUAGGAAAGGGCUUUUCGAGCCAAGCAAAUCUUCUUCUGCAGCAUCUGAACAUCCAC